AGGCGCCACAAGGCCGGAGCCCACGUCCCACCCCUCCUGCAUUUCAAAAUAAUAUCUCCCUGCGCUUUUCCUAGCCCUUUGUCAUCCAAGGAUACAAUAAACAACCGGCGCUUUUACACCCCCGCCAAGAACAGGAGCAACAACAAUAAGGCUCCUCGCAACAAUCCAUUCUCAUCCAUGGCGAAGCUCAUGAACAAGCUGGUCGAUUCGUUCGAGCACGACGAGAUACUGGACGUCGGCUGCGUGCGCGCCGUGCUGGCCGAGCUCGUCCUCACCUUCCUCUUCGUCUUCACCGGCGUCUCCGCCGCCAUGGCCGCCGGAAAAGACAGGUCCUUUUCCCCCUUUAUGAAACGUACGUGGCUCUGCACGCGCGCAGGAUCCGACGGGAAGCCCGGCGACGCUAUGCCGAUGGCGACGCUGGCGGCGGUGGCAAUCGCGCACGCGCUGGCCGCUGGCGUCCUGGUGACGGCCGGGUUCCACGUCUCCGGCGGCCACCUGAACCCCGCGGUGACGGUGGGGCUCAUGGUGCGCGGCCACAUCACCAAGCUCCGGGCGGUGCUGUACGUCGCCGCCCAGCUGCUGGCCUCCUCCGCCGCCUGCGUCCUCCUCCGCUUCCUCAGCGGCGGCAUGGUGACCCCGGUGCACGCCCUGGGCAGGGGCAUCAGCCCGAUGCAGGGCCUGGUGAUGGAGGUCAUCCUCACCUUCUCCCUGCUCUUCGUCACCUACGCCAUGAUCCUGGACCCGCGGAGCCAGGUCCGCGCCAUCGGCCCGCUGCUGACGGGCCUCAUCGUCGGCGCCAACAGCCUCGCCGGCGGCAACUUCACCGGCGCGUCCAUGAACCCGGCACGCUCCUUCGGCCCGGCCCUGGCCACCGGGGACUGGACAAACCACUGGGUCUACUGGAUCGGCCCGCUGCUCGGCGGGCCCCUGGCAGGCUUCGUGUACGAGUCGCUGUUCCUGGUGCAGAAGAUGCACGAGCCGCUGCUCAAUGGGGAAGUCUGACGACCAUCAGCCCCUGUGUUGUGGCGCAUGCUUCAUGCUUGUUUCUGUAAAACAGGUCAUUCUCUGCAAGCAUGGUACAUACAUUGGCCAAGGUAAUUAGAGAGGCUUGCUGUAAAGCAGUAGGAUUGCUGGCUGUAGAAAUUGUUGAUGGGCUUUUUUUGGGGGUUUCCUGCCAAGGAAUUCUUUCUUUUAUAUAAUCUCAAAAAAGUUUUUUUUUUUUGGUAUGGGCUGGGUUCUAUCAAGGGUUUGUUAAGGCUAUUAGUUUACCAUGUAGCAGAAAAACUAGUGGGACGUGAAGUUUUUUCACGUACAUUGUAAUACUUUGGUAUUUUUGUCUACCAGAUGAAACUGGAAGUACAGAGCAAAAACUUCUCUAUCAAA